CGAUCGACGAAGCAACGACCAGAGCCGGGAUUGACAUGCAAAGCGAGCGCGGUCUGUUUUAAACACGAUGAAUUCCGCUGUCACGAUAUCCCACCCCGGCGCGUUCCGCCCGGGCGCGCGCGCUUUAAAGAGCGCGCGCGCGCGCGUCGCGCGCGGGAGCGCCCGAAAAGCGCUGCGGGUGAGGGCUUUCGCGCUGACGUCGAAGAAGCCGAGCAAGUCCGUGGACGAGGACGGGCGCUCGCUGAUGUCCGACCCGCUCAGCGCGAUGAUGAACUUCAUCUCGGAGAUGAACCCGCUCGCGAGCGUGUUCAAGUCCCCCAGCGACAAGCUCCACGUGCACUUCGGCGCGGGCAGGCUCGGUUUCGGUCUGGUCAUCCCCGCGCUGGAGUCGUCGGGGAGCCCGUACAUCGUGAUGAACCGCCCGAGCGCGGUGUGGGCGCCGGUCGUCGAGCGCGAGAAGGAGGCGCAGCAGCACGUCGCGGUCAAGAUCAACGGCGAGUGCACGUGUGGCGGACGCGGGCUCCACGUCAUCACCGAGGACGACAUUCGCGCGCACGAAGAGGGCAUCCUCGGCAUCGUCCACGACGCGCUCGAGAAUGGCGCGCGAGGCUUCCUUCUCCUCUCCAUGGACGUCAACCUCUGCGCGCCCGUGAUCGCGCAGGCGACCUCCUUCUCCUGCGCGCUCGGACCCGCGGUGCAGGUGCUCGCGGAUCACCUCAUGAACCUCCCGGACGUCGAGGACGAGACGCGCCCGGUGUUGUACGCGUGCGAGAACGACCACAGCUCGGUGGAGAAGCUGCAGUUCGCGUUGCGCACCAAGGUGGAGGCGGUGCCGUGCAUGGUGGACAGGAUCUGCGUGGAUUUGACCGUUUCGGACGACGCCAAGACGGUCAACGUCACCGCGGAGGGGCACGAGGGAUCGAUCGUCGUGUUGAAUCAACCCGAGAGCGCGGACGGUAAGAAGGAGCAGGGGCCGCUCGCGGGUGAUUUCGUGCAAAACCCCGAGAACGAAGCCGACAGCAGUUACCUGUACCGCAAGAAGCUGCUCACGGUGAACGGAAUGCACACGGUGAUCGCGUUCCGAACGCUGUGCUCCUACGCGUCGACGCAGCGAAACUUCUCCCCCCCGGAGAGCUGCCUCGCGCUCCCGCUCCUGUCGGACGAGACGGUGACGGAUGAGCAACGCGCCGAGAUUUGGUCGUGGGGCGUCGCGCAAGUUUUGGUGUUGAUGUGGGAACACGGCAUCCCCACCAUGAUGCGCGUGCACGGCCAAGACACGACGGAGGGCCUCGUGAACAUCCUCCUCGAUCAGCUCCGCACGACGCUCGACCGGUUCUUCACGAUCGAGGACUCCACCGCGCGCGUCCUCGGCGGCGGCGUGAGCCUGCGGUACGAAGGGCGGCUGUUGCCGACGUACGAGACCAUCACGAACGAAUUGCUCACCGCCGGGUGGACGCCGGACUGCGCGCAGAACGUGCUGCUCAAGCAGGCUGGGCUAGAGCUCGAGUCGCUGCAGACGGACCUGCAGAUGCUCGUGGACGAGGCGAGGCCGUUCGCUGCGGUGGACAAGCGCGCGCGCGCGAUGAAGGAGCUCGAGGAGGCGAUGAAGGAGGAGCAGGCGCGUUCUCCUCACACUGGUCCCCAUACGACCGCGUUGGCGUGGGAAGCCGUCGGGCUGCCUCCGGUGGAGGAGGUGCGCGCGAAGUUUCAGGAGAGCUUCGAGAUCAUCCAGGUGUGCAACACCGCGCGCGCGGGGUUCGGUCUGCGGCCGAUCGAGCUGUGCAGAGAGGAACACAAGACGCUGAAGGAGAAGCAAAAGGCGGAGACGUUGGAGGCGCUGGCGAACCUCGCCAAGACCAACGACGGCGUCGUGAAGAGCCUGAACUUCCUCAAGGUGUCCGGGUUCAAGUUCGCCAUCUCGACGACGUCGCCGAAGUCGCGCGUCAUCGCGUGCCUGGACACGAUGCGCCUCGCGGACGACUUCCCCCAGGAGAAGAUCCACUCGGGCUCGUCGGAUUUCGACCCGCCGCGGUUUAAACCCGCGCCGGACGUCUACCUUAAAGCCGCGGCGGCGGAGGAGGUGGGCGUCGAGGCGUGCAUCGCCGUGGAGGAUUCGCUCUCGGGCGUCGGCAGCGCCGCGGACGCGGGCGUCGCGCUCAUCGUCGGCUACGUCGGCGGCGGGCACAUCACGGCGGAGGCGUUGGACGGGUACGCGGAGGCGCUGCUGGCGGGGGGGAAGAGCAAAAACGGACGCGGCGCGGACGUCGUCAUUCGCGACAUGGAGGAUCUCCCGUCGGUGGUGAACACGUUCUUGGACAUGCGCAUGGACGAUCCGACGACGUGCGACAGAGAUCACUUCGACUUCGAGAAGAUCCGGCCCGCGCUGAGGGAUCGGUGCUGGACGACGGCGGGAAAGACGGGGGUGGUGGAGGUGGAGGAUCCGAAUCCGCGGUGAUUCGACGUCGACGUCGACUUCACAAAAUUUCAAUUCUUGGCGUCGAGGAGGCGGAGGCGGAGGUCGAGGAGGGAAAAAAGACACAGAGACGACGAGGAUGCGAGACGCGACCAGCACGAUUCGUGGUGUUCGGCGAGUGACGUGUACGAUCAGACGAUGUACUGUACCAAUAGACGCGGAGCGGAACGCCACGGGCUCUGAAAGAGAGAGGAGUCGAGAGACGCGAGUAGAAAAAAAACCAAUUCAAUCAAACAAAGUUCUUCGAGAU